AUGGCAGGAAAUCCGUACUGUUGGAUCGCGGGCUUUUCUUACGACAUUUGUUGUGUGGGCUUUGGUCCAGGCGGCAACCCCGCCUGUUGGGACGGCCACUUCACCUUUGCUCGAUGCUGUGUGGCGCCGGGCGAAGACAGCAAGGUGGCAGCGUAUGUGUCGGAGACAUCGGCGCGGUAUCAACGCGUGGGGCUGUACAAAGACUACGUGCCCGGAAAGGACUGUUGGGAUCCGCCAUUGUACAGUCAUGAACUUUGCUGUGAUCUGACACAAGGCUUCGAGGGCCGAAAGCACUGCUGGGACGGCUGGCGUUUGACCUUCGAGCGCUGUUGCGUCCAUGGAGAAGAUCUGGAUGGUCGGUGGCAGCUGCCCAUGGCUCCAAAGCAAAGCGAAACUGAAGAGGCACCAGCACCAGUCGGCAGAGAGUGCUGGACGAAUGGCUACAGCUUUCGUGCCUGCUGCCGCCUGGGAGAUGAGGAGGAAGAUCUGACGGAGGACAGGGCGAGUUGUUGGGACGGGCUACACACAGAAGAGCGCUGUUGCCGAGGGUUGGUCGCCCCACCAGAGACGUGGCGUGCAGUGCCACGACAUGCACCAGAGUCCCUGUGUCUGGAGGCAGUUUUGGCCAGGCCCUUGAAAUUGGCGACGGUCAGCAGCUGCGAAGGCCGGUUCUUCUACGUAGCGCAGCUGGGCAAACCCAGGCUGAGGAUGGACUACGACACCACGGCUCUGCCCUGGUUCCUGGUGCCCCGAUGGAACACCUCGGCGUGGGGGGAGUAUAUCACGCACUUUGGACCUCAGGGGGUACUCGAUCACAAGAUGCUGGGUGGGCUCUGCCUCCCCAGCCACUGCGAUGUGGCCUCCACCGCCCGGUUUUUGGCACCUCGUAUGGCGCCCUGGUGGCGUUUUCCCUUACUGGAGCCUUGGCCUUUGAACGGCAGCCAUGUCCUGCUGCCACCGCCCUUGGCGGUGCCGCAUGGCCUGUACCAGGGAGACAAUGGCAUCGCGAUGUGGAUGUCCAAGAGCAGCUGCGAAGCGCCUUUGGCGAAGCCCGACUUUUGCGAGGCAUUUUGGGAGUUCGGCCUGUUGGAGUGGCGCCCUUGGCAUAGCACUCCAUCGCUUCGCAUGGCUGCCCUGCUUAGCGCUUUGCUGAUGGUGCUGGGCUUGGUGGUUGUUGGGAAGCAGCGGCCAACAGCCGAGAGGAACUCUCGUGCUGAUUUGCUUCGAGUAUUGUUGACCCUGAUGGCGGUGUGGACCCAUACUUUUAGUCACGGCAGUUGGCUGCCGCUGGAGACUUCGGUGGCCUCGACUUUUUGGUUCACCUCGCAGCAUUUGACCUACAAGGUGAACCUCGGAUUCGUGGUGCUUGCCACGCAGUUGCGCCUUGGUGGAAGCAGCUCCAGCCGCUUCCCGGUGGCCAAAGCAGCCUUGCGGCGUUGGGUGCAACUAGGACCUCCCCUGUGCCUUUCGACUUUCAUCUACCUCUACAUCUUCGUCGAGCACAUCCCCAUGAACAACCUCAUGAAGAGUAGUGGCCUGCACCGGUGGUACUCUGAGAAACGUUUGGAGUGCCGAAGACCGGCCCACCUGGUGCUGUCACUGCUGCUGUUGCAUGAGCCCAUUACGGGGAACAACUCACCGUGCCACAACAUGGAUAUAUUUGAAAGCCAGUUCCUGCUGGAUCUCCUUGUGGUGUUUCUCCUCUCUGCUCUUGGAACCUCUCGAAGGACCUCGAUGUCGUGGCUGCUUUGGUAUGCUUCGAUUCUGUGGCGCUAUUCUGGUGUCAGGUCUGAAGAGAACGACUGGGCCUACGCCUAUUCUCAUCGCUUCAGAAUGUUGCUGCCUUCAGCUCUGUGUGCCAUUGGCCUUUGGGGUCUCCUGCCAUGCCUCAGAGGCGCAGGCACGAGUUGGUGGUAUGAUAUGGUGGGUUUGGCACUGGUCUCUGGUUCAUGUCUUCAGGACCAACUUUUCUUUGGUGACAAUCUCCAAGUCCACUUCAAACCGCUGCAAAGGGCUGUGAUCUUCAAUGUCUCUGAGCUCCUUUUCGUCUUGGGCUUUCUCCUCCUGCUGCGGCCAAGCCGUCGGUGCCCGGGAAGCUGCAUCCGGCUGUUGUCAAGACUCUCUCUGGGGGUGAACGUCUCCAAUCUCUUCGUUUUCCAUUUCAUCGGUGGAUCCCUUUUGGAUGAACCGCUGCCAAUGUCCUUCACUAUGGUGCUGCUGUACUUUGCACUGGUCUAUGUUGUCUCCUGCUUGCUUGCGCUCAUGCUGCUGGCCUUGCAACUGCCCUUGGCCUUGGCCUUUCCUGUGCGGAAGGACAAAAAACUCUUGUACAUGUCGCGCGCUUCCAGCUCCAGCGAGGGGGAUGCAUGGUAUGAAUCCAAGGGCUUUGAGGUUUUGCACAGGUCAGAACCAACACCUUCUUUGCUUUGGAGCAGUGUCCACAGCGUUCCAAUGCUGGGAGUCUACUCUGCUGCUGUUGAACAACUCAACCUGUGCAGUGGCCAGUUUGCAAGGAACCGAUUUUGGGAGGAUUUGGGUCUUCGGCAGCCGACUUUGACUUUCCCAGUCCCUUUGAACGAUCAUCCAAUCAUCUACGAACUUCAUGGAGCGUGGGGCGGCGCAGUUGUGGCAGGAGGCUUGGAACCUCCAAGUCAUGCACUGCAUGAUGAGCUACUGGCAGCAGCAGCUUAUGCAGAACAUGCAGACAAAUCCGGAAAGGACCGGAUUUGUCUGCAUGUUCUGCAUAAGCUGCUGCUGCCAGUUCCCGGCUCUAUUCCGCUUGGGAAGCACGGCUUCGCCUUCGGACCGUUCCCAACCCCCUUGAUGGGGGAGGAGGUUGGAAUCCCGGUGCCAGGGUUCGAGGGCGGACACAUGGCGGGUGCCAAGGUGAUUGCGGUCACCGCUGAGCCUGGGAAGCAGAGGGAAUUUGCAGGCACCGCAGAAUUGGGUUUGGAGUGCCGAAGACCGGCGCACCUGGUGCUGUCACUGCUGAUGAUGCAUGAGGCUUGGAACCUCCAAGUCAUGCAGUGCUUGGUCAGCUAUUGGCAUCAGCAGAUGAUGCAGGGCAUGCAGAACAUGCAGAACAUGCAGACACACCCGGUUCCCAGCUUCAUGAACAUGGGGAACUAUGGUAUCGCUUUCGGGCCCUUCACCAUGCCAGUGGUGCCAGGAUUCGAGGGCGGACAGACGGGUGCCCAGGUGAUUGCGGUCACCGCUGAGCAGAUGCAGCAGAUCAUGUGGGGCGGCCAGUUUUGGACUGGCCCAGAGGUGUCUGCACCAAAGGCAGACUGGAGUCCGAAUGGCCAGAGUGGCUUUGGAUACCAAGCAAACUGGGAACCAGAUUUCGUUGCGAAGGCUCUUGACAGGCAUGCCUGUUGGGACCUCCAGGAUUAUAUCCCAGAUUGCAGCACGGCGGAGCUCAAAUUUAUGGCCAAUCAGCUUCGUGGACAUGUGCGCGAGGUCGUGGAGUCGCCGCACGGAAACCAUGUCCUGCAGUGCAUGUUGGAGUUUAUGGCUCCGAAGGCUUUGCACUUCGUUUUGGACGAGCUGCUUGCGUGGGCUCCUGCGCCAGUGCUGGCCCGUCACCGUUACGGCUGCCGUGUCCUGGAGCGCAUCCUGGAGCAUUUUGGCGAAGCAUCUAUCAAGCCACUGUUGGAGGAUCUGUUGUACCAUGCCAAGGAGUUGUGCCAGCAUCCCUUUGGGAAUUUCGUGAUGCAAGUCUUUAUGGAACAUGCUCCGGCGACCUAUCGCAAGGCACUGAUUGAAAUCAUCGCACAGAACGUGGCCCAAGUGGCCAGGGACCACUAUGGCUGUGCGGUCUUGGAGAAGGGCUUGUCCCAUGGGAAGGUGGAAGGCUUGCUGCCCUCCAUGAAGAACUUGCGCGGCGGGGCCACGGCCAUCGAUCGCGUGUUGGACAUCGCCACUGGCUGGGCCUUGAGCGAGGCCCAGCGUUUGGAGUGCCGAAGACCAGCGCACCUGGUGCCGUCACUGCUGAUGAUGCAUGAACCCAUCACGCAGUACAACUCACCGUGA